AUGCUGGGUCUCGCGGAAAUCAUAGACCGUUUGGUCAAUGACGGUAAAGACUGCAAGCUCGCGGGCGGCGAGCUGGGGUGUCCCCUCCAAGCGGCUGUCGUAUAUGGGCAGACGGCGGCUGUGAAGGCGCUUCUCGCUCACAAGGCGGAUCCUGCACAACAAGGCGGAAAGUACGGAACGCCGCUAAUCGCCGCCGUUCUCCUCGGUUCGGUUGACAUCCUCGGCCAGCUCGUCGAAGCUGCAAAGGGCGGAGGCCUGGACGCAGUCGAUAGUGAGGGCAAAACUGCUCUCUACCAUGCGUGCGCGAUUGGGUCGCUCGACAUGGUAACUCGACUCGUCCAGGCUGGAGCCGACACGAGCAUCAAGGCUAAAAGGUCUAGAGUUCGAAGAUCCCCGCUCAUUCGCGCUGUCACCCUGAACCAUCACCCGGUGGUUGAGUUUCUUCUCAACAAUGGUGCCGACGUUAACGAGCAAGCGUGGAACAAGGAGACGCCACUAAUGUUCGCAAUCAGAUCUGCGGGUGUAGACAUGGCCCAACUCCUCCUCCAGCACAAUGCCGAUCCGAAUCUGGCUAACAAAUGGGGGGAAAGGGCGCUUCAUAUUGCGUGCCAGGAAUCAUCGAAACCUCUAGUACAGCUGCUGCUUGACCAA